GUCUCAAGUUGAGGGAGCCUGCAAUUGGCAUGCUGACUGCAAGAAUGGCCAACAGAGCUGUUGCCAGAUAAUUUAAUGUUAAUUUCUCUACCAUAAACUGCCUCCAAUGUCAUUUUAGAUAAUUAUGCAGUAUGUCCAACUGGUCUCAACCGCAGACCAAGUCUGAAGCACGCCAACCCAGGACCUCCACAUCUGGCUUCUUCACCUGCUGGAUCAACUGGGACCAGCCACCUGGACAGCUGAUGAAACGGAGGAGUAUUUAUGUCUGUAAUAAUGCUCCUUUCUGGGGAAAAACGCAUUCCGAUUAGCCUUACAUUAUUUUUCAUGGGGAUCUACUCUUGUGAAUGGUGAUUUUCAUGGAAGGAACCGUGUUUCCUAUUGGUUGGACGGAUUUACGUAUUACAUUUUGAUUCGUCACCGGUGUCCGGGAAAAAUGGCGUCUGAAGAACAGUGCUCGGUACCACUUCGAUGGCGGUCGAUAUCGCUAACCCACAUAGAGUUCCCUGCUGGUGAUCUGACUGGACAAGUGUUGGCCUACACCAGCCUGCUGCCCAUAGCGAUCCUCGUAGGCUUUGUCACCCUCAUAGUGUUCAAGCGUGAACUGCACACGAUCUCCUCCUUCGGUGGGCUCGUCCUGAACGAAGGUGUGAAUUGGCUGCUGAAGCAUAUUCUACGGGAGCCCCGCCCAUGUGAAGGAGCUCACACAACCCUGACAACAGAGUAUGGGAUGCCCUCCAGUCAUUCCCAGUUCAUCUGGUUUUUUGUUGUUUACUUCUUUCUUUUCCUUUAUUUAAGAAUGCAUCAAACGAACAACGCUCGGUGUGUGGAGCUGCUGUGGAGACACAUACUGUCCAUCACCUUGUUGGGCGUGGCCUUAUCAGUGUCAUACAGCAGGGUGUACCUGUUGUACCACACUUGGAGUCAGGUCUUCUAUGGGGGAGUGGCCGGUAGCACCAUAGGAGUAGUCUGGUUCUUCUUCACACAGGAGGUGCUUACACCGCUAUUCCCCAAGAUAGCAGCAUGGCCGAUAUCAGAGUUCUUUCUAGUGCGGGACACGAGCCUGAUCCCCAACAUCCUUUGGUUUGAGUACACAGUGACCAGGUCAGAGGCGAGAAACAGACAACGGAAGCUUGGAACAAAGCUUCAGUGAUCUCAGCAGUUCCUUGGAGAAAUUGAGUAAAGGAACAUACACACACACACUCACUCACUCACUCAUUAAAAAACACACUGGAGAAUCAAUUAUCUUCUGGACUGACCUGGUUGAAAUGGUAUAAAGGCCAUCGAUUUACAGGUGGACCAAAAGAGUGUCUGGACUCGGCCCGGAUUCCACAGCCUUAGCAAGUCCGUCCAUAUGCCUCUCCUUGUAUAGCUUGCCGAAAUGCUCCCCCAAUGCAUGCAAGACUGUGCAAGAGGUAUACUAUUUAAUGAUAAAUUAAUAUAAACUCAGCAAAAAAAAUAAACAUCCUCUCACUGUCAACUGCGUUUAUUUUCAGAAAACUUAACAUGUGUAAAUAUUUGUAUGAACAUAACGAGA